AUGUCAAACAGCAGAUCUCGAGGACCGCCGCUACCAAGUCUGGUACAAGGCUCAUCUCUCCAAGCUCAAUUACAGCGCGAAGGCGCCCAGAUCUGGCGAAACAACAACCGCCCUCUCAUCGAACACAUCAUCAACCAUGCAACCCCCGGCUACGUUACAAAGGUUGUGUGGCUCCAAGAGAAAAGCAUCAUCGAGCACGAAUACCUACUGAUGUGCGUCAAGACCAACGAUGGAAGACUAUCCUGGAUGCGGAUCGAGCGUAUGGGUGAAUUACCCAUUGGCUCGGCAUCCAGUAACGCUUUAACGGAUCAAGCACAAUUGGUUGUGACCCUCGCACCAUCACGAGAAAACCUUGUCUGUGAUGAUAGGGUUCUCGUGGAGGCUGAUCUGGAUACCAAUGCGGCACGGCUGAGCGACGUCGCCAAGCUUGUACUGAUAGUGCACAAUGAAGAGCCGCAGUAUCAUCUCCAGUGGCAUAACUGUUGGUGGCUUGCGCGGGUGGUUAUGCAAGUUAUUUCGGAGACAUACAUGCACGGCAAUAAGAAGCAGAGGAAGAAGGUUAUUAGCCGGUGCGAUUCUUCGCAUAACAAACAUGUCUUGGCUAUGAGUGCCGGAGGACCAUUUGCGGGGAUUGGGCAGAUGGCUACUAUCAUUCAUUUUCGCAACCGGAAGAAGAGAAUUAUGACCAACUUUACUCAGUCACUGUAUAGUUAG